AUGAACAGAUCUUCUUCAUCUACCCGUCUAUCGCUUCCACUCCCCGGCUCCCCAGGAUCUUCAUGGGCCAUGUAUCGAGCGAGAUUUGCGGCUAUUUUUCACGGCGCAGAUACGUCGGUUCUGAUGGCUUUUUGGUUGUUUGGUCUGAUCAAUAAUGUUUUGUAUGUGAUUAUUUUGUCGGCGGCCUUGGAUUUGGUUGGUCCUGAUAUCCCGAAAUCUGUCGUUUUACUUGCAGAUGUUCUACCUUCUUUCGUCACUAAACUCGUCGCUCCAUACUUCAUUCAUAAAAUUCCUUACUGGAUACGCAUCAUUGUCUUCUGCUCCUUAUCCUCGGGGGGUAUGCUCCUGAUUGCAUUAACUCCUGACGACAAAUCUGUAUCGACAAAACUAUUCGGUGUAAUACUUGCGAGUCUCAGUAGUGGUAGCGGAGAAUUAAGUUUCCUAGGUCUCACGCAUUACUAUGGACAUUUCAGUCUGGCAGCAUGGGGGAGUGGAACAGGAGGGGCAGGUUUAGCAGGAGCUGGAUUAUACGUCCUUUUGACAACUAUCAUUGGACUGUCUGUUAAGAUCAGUCUUCUGGCUUCUGCUUUCUUGCCUUGUAUAAUGCUUCUCUCCUUCUUCGUUAUACUACCUCAAGGACCCUUGAGAAGAGCAUCUCUAAGGAAAGAUUACAACACACUCCCUGGAGAAGAUUCUCUUAAUCAACCUCUCACGAGUUCAGAUAUCGAUGAUCUACCACCUGAUUCAGCAGCGGCUUCUCUACUUGCACCUGGUCCGGCCAUCGCAUCAGAAGCCUACUCCUCACACUCUCCCCGUCCCUCUUCUCCGGGAUUAUCUCAUCAUGAACCGAAAUCGACUUUCCUCUAUAAUCUCCACCGCGCCUCCUCUCUUUUCUUUCCCUACAUGCUUCCUCUCCUCCUCGUUUACAUAGCCGAAUAUACCAUCAACCAAGGCGUCUCUCCUACUCUGCUCUACCCUACUCCUUCCUCGGGAAAUCCUUUUUCUCACUACCGCUCCUUCUAUCCCACAUAUGGAUUCAUUUAUCAACUCGGCGUUUUCAUUUCACGCUCCUCUACACCUUUUUACCGAAUCCACAAUCUCUAUAUCCCGUCAUUCCUCCAGAUUGCAAAUCUUUUCCUCCUCAUCUCGCAGGCGUUAUGGUUCUGGAUCCCAAGUGUGUAUAUCAUCUUUGUGCUGAUUUUCUGGGAGGGACUUCUCGGUGGAGCGGUGUAUGUCAAUACGUUUGCAGAGAUUAUGGAGAAGGUAGGAGAGGCAGAUAGAGAAUUCAGUUUGGGGGCCACGAGUGUGAGUGAUAGUGGGGGGAUAUGUAUAGCAGGGUUUGUGGGGAUGGUUCUGGAGGUUGGUUUGUGUGAGUGGCAGGUUGAGAGGGGGAGAGGGUGGUGUAGGAUGACUUAG